AUGACUUCUUCCCAUUUCUUCUUCCAUUUCCUAUCUUUCUUUGUCCUUUUCUUGAUAAUAGUUAAGAGUUCUCAAGUUCAUGGUAAAGGUGCUGUGUUCAAUGUUCAAGAUUUUGGUGCCUUUCCAGAUGGGAAGACUCAUAGUAGCCAGGCCUUUUUGAAGGCAUGGAACCAAACCUGUCAAAGCAAGGAAGGAGGCACAAUCUUUAUUCCAACAGGGACUUUCUUGUUGAAUACAGUGACAUUUAAUGGCCCAUGCAAUGGCCAAACUAUUUUUAACAUUAAUGGUGUUUUGAGAGCUCCCUCUGGUGAAAGCAGAGAUGAAUUCUGGAUAUUAUUUCAGCAUAUUAAUGGGCUGACUAUUAAUGGAAAAGGUUCUUUAGAUGGCCAAGGCCCUUCUGCAUGGUCCCUUACAAGUAAAGCCAACAACAAGAAUCCUCCCGUGCAAGUUCUUCCACUUCCAGAUUGGUAA